UUUCUUUCUAACUAUAUUAUUGGCGGUUUUCUCUUGCAUGAGUUGAGAGGUGCACCUUCAAAAUGGUUUUAUCCACUUCUAUUAUUCUCUCUUAUUCUCUAAUUUCAACAACUUCCCUUCCAAUUCCAACUGUUGUGAAGUUGGAAUCUUUUUCCCCAAAAGAUGGUGGGUUUAUCAGAAUUGGAGGAUUUACUUCUUCAAUGGCACCCAGAAAUCGAAGAUUAGCUACUUGUUCUGUUUCAGGAGAUGGCUCUUCCUCUAUUGGCACUGAUGUGCCUUUCCCUUCUGAUUACCCUGAGCUUCUGGAACAAGCUAGAGUUGCAGUGGAAUUGGCCAUGAAGGAUAACAAACAGCUAAUGGAGAUUGAGUUUCCCACAGCAGGACUGUGUGAUGGUGAAGGUGGAAUUGAGAUGACUGAGAGCAUGCAAUUGAUUCGUGAAUUUUGCGAUCGCUUCGUCAGUGCAGAGAAAGCAACUCGAACAAGAAUAUUUUUUCCAGAGGCUAGUGAAGUGGACUUUGCUAGAAAAUCAGUCUUUGGUGGAGCUUCUUUUAAGUUAGACUAUCUGACAAAGCCUUCAUUUUUUGAAGAUUUCGGUUUUGUUGAAAAAGUAAAAAUGUCUGACAGAGUGAAGGAAGGAGAUGAACUCUUCUUGGUAGCCUAUCCUUACUUUAAUGUCAAUGAAAUGCUUGUUGUGGAAGAAUUGUACAGAGAUGCAGUCUUGAACACUGAACGGAAACUCAUUAUUUUCAACGGAGAAAUCGAUCGGAUAAGAUCUGGGUAUUAUCCACCAUUCUUCUACCCAAAGCUUGCUGCACUCACCAAGACCUUGCUGCCGAUGAUGGAAACCGUUUAUUACAUUCAUAAUUUCAAGGGCCGCAACGGAGGAACACUUUUCAGGUGCUAUCCUGGACCCUGGAAGGUCCUGAGGUAUGUGGGUAAUAAAUAUAUUUGUGUGCAUCAGCAAGAUACUAUGCCAUCACUAAAGGAAGUUGCCCUUGAAAUUCUUCCAACUUCCUCAAAUUUUUACAAGUUGUAAUGGUAAGCAAUUAUGGUGGUGUCCUUGUGCCAUAUAACUUAGUGGACUCACUAUGCUAUUUGUAUAGACAAGAAGCAACAUUGGCAAUUAAAUUUUUUGUUUUUUAUGUUUCUUGUUUUUCAUGGGAGUAAGACUAAUGAAAAGCAAAUUUAUGAAGCUUCAGAAGACACACUUUGUAUUAGCAGAAUGCAUCAAGUGUCUUUAUUAAGGACUGAUCAGCAACAAGGGGUUGCUGAAAUCAUUGUAA